AUGCAACUCCUCAUCUGCUUGGCUCUCUGUGUGGCUGUCGCUCAGGCAGGCUACCUGGCUGCUCCAGUUGCCACCUACGCUGCCGCUCCAGUGACUACAUAUGCUGCUGCAGCUCCUUUGGCCAGCUAUGCCCGGACCUACUCGGCUGUGCCCGCCGCCUACUCAGCCUCUGUAUAUGGAGCUCCGGCAUAUGCCGCACCCUAUGCAGCCCCAUAUGCUGCCACCACCUACGCUGCAUCCCCGUAUGCUGCCACCACCUAUGCUGCCUCCCCGUACGCUGCCACCACUUAUGCUGCCUCGCCCUAUGGCGCACCCAUCUCUACCUAUGCUGCUCCAGCUGUCAUCAGCCCCUUCCUGAAGAAGAAGUAA